AUGAGUUAUCGGAUAGGUGCCACAUUUGUCCCUGGGGGCGACGACUCCUAUUACAUGCCAGAAUUGAUUCAACCUACACCCAAUAGAGCCCAUGAACUUCCCACUAAUAUCCAGCAAAAUGUAGCUCAGAUGGAACAUGCUGCUUCUGGUCCUGACUCUCCAUACUCGGGUUCCGUCUACAGUCCUCACUCAGCCGGAUACACAAACAUGCAAACCCAAUGGCCUCAGCAGCCUCCGCAGCAGCCCCCGCCACAGCAGCAGCAACAAUACAAUGACCACCAACAUAGCCGUGGACCAAGCAUGCCGACGGGAUCUUACCAGCAGCGGAAUCCCUCACCUGGCGCACCACCCAUGCUUGAACAACCAAACUUUUCUCCAUUCCCUAUCAUUCGAAACCCUCCUCCGAACAUUCCUCCCACGGACGAACAAAAAGAGGCAUCUCUAGAGGCUGCCAGGGCUGCAGUCCUGAGUUGCAACGACCCUGAUACCCAACUUCUAUGGGCGCAAGACGCUCUGGCAUAUGUCGAAACCUGUCAGCAAAAUGAACAGCGAGUAGCAUUGGCACAAGUCCCAAGAUCAAUAACUCCCCGUAUCGAACACGUUUUGCGAGAAGAUGCUGUCAAAGUGGUCUCAUUCUUGGCAGAUCAACACCAUCCCAAGGCUGAGUUCAUGAGGGGUAUGUGGUUGGAAUUCGGUAAAUUCGGACACAGGAUAGACAAGAAGGAGGCAUUUCUCGCUUACAACCGAGCUUCCGAGCGAGGCUACAGCCGCGCUGACUACCGCAUCGGAAUGCAGUUCGAAUCAUCGAAUGACACGCUCAAAGCCGUCAAAUUCUACAAGCAAGGAGUCGAGAAGGGGGACUCCGCAUCGUGUUAUAGGCUGGGUAUGAUGACCCUUCUAGGUCAGCACGGUCAAGUCCAGGACUACGAACGUGGGCUCAAUCUCAUCUAUAUGUCGGCUCAAACUGCGGACGAGAAUGCCCCUCAAGGUGCCUACGUCUUUGGCAUGCUUCAAGCACACCAGAUGCCUCAAGUCACCAUCCCGGAGCGUUAUCUACCUCGAGAUAUUCCGGGCGCCAAGGCCAAUAUUGAGAAAGCCGCAUUCCUAGGUUUUGCAAAGGCUCAGCUUAAAAUGGGCUCUGCGUAUGAACUCUGCGAGUUCGGUUGUCCUUUUGAUCCGGCACUCUCUUUGCAUUACAAUGCUCUGGCAGCUCGUCAAGGUGAGCCCGAGGCCGAACUGGCGAUCAGUAAGUGGUUUCUCUGUGGUCACGAAGGAUUGUUUGAGAAGAACGAAGAAAUGGCAUUCACAUACGCCCAGCGUGCUGCUCUUUCUGGUUUCGCGACCGCACAGUUCGCUUUAGGGUACUACUAUGAGGUUGGUAUCUACGUCCCUGUCAACUUUGGAGAAGCCAAAGAAUGGUAUAGAAAAGCAUCUCAGGGUGGAAACUCCGACGCUGAGGGAAGAGUGGAUGCUAUUUCCAGAUCCAAGACUCUUUCUAGAAAGGACCACGAAAGUAUCGCGCUCUCAAAAAUCCGGCAACAGCGUGCUUCCAUGAUUGGAGGACCCGGUGGAGCACCUCCUAUGCCUCCAAUGCCGUCGUUCAGUGAGGCAGAAGAAGAUCAAAUGCUCGAUAUGCCCGACCCUUCCAAACUUUCCCUCAACCCUCAAAAACCACCGGCACGGCCGGGCAGUGCCGCACCGUACCCUACUGGACCCCAAGGUAUGCCAAACCCAGAAAUCCGACCCACAUCUGCUUUUGGUAUCAAUCCAAACCUUCGCGCCGGCUCCGCCCAAUCCAUGGCAGGCGGCAGAACAGACCCAUAUGGUCAAUCACCUGCCUAUUACGGCGGUGGCCCUCAACAGGGCCAGUAUCCAAAUAACAAUGGUAGGGGUUCAGCUCAAGGCUACGGUCGAGGUGGCCGUAUGCCAUCAGAAGGUCAUCACCAAAUCCCAGGCGGCGUGCCUAAGAUCCAGCCUCCAUCACGCCCAGGUACAAAUUCACCUUAUCUCAAUCCACAAAGCAGUCCACCAGUAAGAGCAGACAUUGGCUUUACUGCUCCCUUGGAGCCAGUUAAAAAACCACGACCACCACAGCUUGGCGGUCCAGGCAUGGGCCAAGGUGGCAUGAACAAUUCAAACAAUCCACCCCGCUCGAGUUCUCGACCAAAUCAAACUCCAGACCAAAAUGCAGCACAGCAACGGAGACCCAGUCCGGCAAAUAGCAGACCAGGCCCGGGCACAGGCGGGCCACCGUCUGGCUACGGUGGACUACCAAGCCAGAAUCCUAAUAAUCGAAUUCCUUCCAAUCAGUAUCCAGCCCAGAAGGUUCAAGCCGCUAAUUUGGCGCCUUCGAAACCUGUAUCAAAUGCACCAUCUGGUCAGGCACCACAGUCAAAGCCAAACGCAAUGCCUGCAGCUGCAGCACCAGUCAAGCCCCCUGGCAAAGGUCCUAAAACCUUCGACGAGAUGGGUGUUCCCCAAGGCAAGGAUAAAGGCGAAUGUAGAGUUAUGUGA